AUGAGUGAAAGCGUGGAGAUCUGUGUGGAAUUGUUCACCGACCGCACAAGGGUCAAUGAAAAAUUUGAGGCCUCACGGUUUUCAUCGAUAAAAGUGAUUUCAGCCGGAGAAUCGUCAGUACUUACAAUCUCCAGCGUCUUCAGACUUGAUGGCACCCAAAUUGGACGGAUGGUGUUGAUCGCCAGCUCAUUUGAGGAUGAUUUCGUCAGCGACCGCCUCGUUGCGCUUGUGGAAAAGUUCUGCGACUCGGUAGUGACGUGGAAAGCCCAAGAGGAUGCAGUCGCAUUAUAUCCUGUAAGGCAUGUACAGGACGCGUUGAGUGCCGUAAGCUCGUCUGGGCAACCGCCAUUCGGGGACUCAAUGUUGGAGCGAGUAAUUAGCGCCGGUAGACCAUUGCACACCCGUGAAUCUGACGACGACAAAUUAGAUGAACGUGAGGACGAAGUUGUCAUGUAUCCGCUAGACGAAGGCGUGGCAGGGCUUGUAUCAGAUAAAGUUGCCGUCGAGGUGGCCAAGCUUUCGGUGACAGUACUGCUUGCUUUUGUGUUAUCAAUGAUCGUAGCAGACCCAUUUGACCCGUUCGACGUGGUGGUGGACGCUGUCGUACUGGUAGUAGUCGAGGUCCCGGGUGUAGCAAGAUCGACAUUGCUCGCGUAA